UAAUCACUGAAAGUAGUUUUACGGAAAGUUGAAUUGAUUUGAGACAAGUUUUCUAGGAUGAUCAAGCUUUCAUGGGAUCACUUACUCUUAAGAUGUUGCUGGGUUGUUACAGUAGGCUUUCAUCACAUGUUCGUUUUUAAAUGCCAGCAAUAACAACAGCCAGAAAAUGCAUGAGUACUAAAAUAAAGGAGAGGGACACAUUACAGAAAGCAAAGAGAACCUGCAUGUACAUGUACGAGCAUUGAAGCAAAACCAUGUCUACUACUUCUGGGUCUUCUGUGAUGACUAGAAGUAGAACUCGAAAGGCAGUCAAUACAGAAUUUGCUCAAGAGCCUAAAAGGCUUAAAGAACUUAAGAAACGAAAUGAUGACACUGGAAUAAAAACUCGAUCAAGAAAGGGGCGCAGUACAUUGAAUGCUCUUUCUGACAAGAAGAAGGAAUCAAAUAACAUGCACAAGGUGAAAUCUGGAACCAGAAGAAAAUGUCCAUUAAAAAAUAGAUCUAACAAGAAGAACAGUGUAUUGGACACCUCAUCUAAUAAGAAAACCAUGGCGAAAGAUCAACAAAGGGUUAUUAAAUCCAAGGAAUCCAUACAGCCUUCAACAAUUAAAGUUGGGGAGAAAAAUACACGUGUGUGCACUUUAUGUGGUUAUGCCUCAUCUCAUAAACGUCACAUGAAAGACCACAUUGUCAGUGUUCAUUGUAAAGCAAGGCCAUUUGAAUGUAGCCACUGUGUGUAUGCAUGCAAAGUGAAGUCCAAUAUUAAAUCUCAUUAUCAUAACAUGCAUAAAUUACUGCCUACUUCGAAAGAGGCAGAGAAAUGGGAAAAAAUUGAAACAACAUUUUAUGGGGAUCUUGUUGAUAGAUUAUCAGAAGUGCAGCCUAAGGAUUCAAUCCGUGCUACUCCUGAGCCAGAGGAUGCCAACACAGUUGAUUCUGGUGAGAAAAGUGCAUUAAAUGAAGGCAGAGAGGAUUUUGAAUGUAUCAAGUGUGACCACAAAGCAAAACAUGAAGAUGAGGUCAUCAUACAUUACAUAUCAGAACACAUGGAGAAGCACUUGUCUUGCCAAGAGUGCAGUGAAUCAUUCAGCAUCAUGCUGGAUCUGUUGAAGCACUACAGUGAGUUGCAUCCUGAUGUUGUAAUCCCACAGGUACAACAAGAUACCUGGAGAAGUAUCGAUUCUAAAAAUAUAGACACUGCAAAAAAUCUACCAUGCUUUAAGAGUCCAUCUUUGAUUAGUAAAAAGAAAUUAAAACGUACCAGAUUCAUGAAGCAUAAACCAAGGAAAAUAUAUGCGUGUAUUCAUUGUGAGUAUAUAUCCUCCCACAAGAGCCAUUAUUUUGACCAUGUGGAACAACACAAUAAGACCUGUGAUUUUUCUUGUGAAGAGUGUUCAAAACAGUUCAAAACAAACCAUAACCUGCGACAGCAUAGGCGUCUUGUGCAUAACAAAGACAAAAAACAAUGUCCUAAGUGCCUUGACCUUUUUUCCACUGUAGAGUUGGAAAACCACAGACAGAGUUGUAUGGCUGAAUCCAAAGGAUGGGUUUGCUCAGUAUGUAAGAUGACUUUGCACAGUUGGUCUGCUCUCCGAAAACAUAAACAGUCUCACAGCAAAGAUGAGAAAGAUGCAGCCUUGUCAUGCAAUGAAUGCCAGCAGGUAUUUGCCAAUGUUCGCAACCUUCGCAUGCAUGUUGAAAACAUACAUCAGAAACUCAAGAGAUUCAAAUGUGAGUCUUGUGACAAGCAAUUUUACUUGCAGAAAGAUUAUAAAAUGCAUAUGAAACGACACCAAGGUGAGAAGAAUCACACAUGCUCAGACUGUACCAAGCAGUUUUACACUUUUCAAGAACUAAAACAACAUAGACUUGUACACACUGGUGACAAACCUUACCCAUGUUCAUUUUGCAGAGAAAAAUUUCGAGAUCGUUCUACGAGGAUGCGACAUCAGCAACUUCAUCAACCAGUAAAAACAAUGCACACCUGUGUCACGUGCCAGCGCAGCUUUGCUCGCAAAGAUAAUUUAGCAGCUCACAUGCGCAAUGGAAUAUGUUCCAAAGGGUUGGCAAAAGGAAAACUGCUGUUAGAAGACGACAAGCAAAAGGAGACCACAGCAACUGCAGGCACAGAGGAAGGAACUCCAAUGGAAUCAUUUUCUCUGACAAUUCAGGGCCAAACAAGUGGAGAAAAUGAAGAGCUGAUAGGACAGGUGCUGCAGUUGUUGGCCAACUCCAAUGUAGGAAAUGGAGGAAAUGUUCAAAUACAGAUAAUUCCUCAAGAGGACGGUGCCCAGGAGAGAUAUGUGAUCAGUGUUUGUACAGACAGUGUGCCUGGUGCAGAAGAACAGUUGCCACAAAAUCCAGUUGUCAUUGAGGAGCCUGUCCAGGCUGCAGUUGAGGACUCCACAGGGGAUGGGCAGCUACAGGAGGUGGAUGCUAACUUUGCUCCUCCAUGUAAUCCCAAUACAGGGCUGAACAUUCUCCUGAAUGGAAAUGAAGUUCAGAGCUUAAUAGUGCUGCCACAGAAUGAACCACCAGCAGCAAUAGGGGAUGUGGAAUCGAGCAUGCAGCAAACAUAUGAUGUUGAUAGUUCUGUAAUUUCGUUGAACUCAUUGGAAGUGGGUAAUGCACAUGUGGUUGAUGAAAUGUCCUAGGACACGAAUUAAUUUUUCACAGACUGUCAUAUAAAAUUAAUGUAUUAAUAAGUGGGGAAAAGUUAAUUUAAAAACAA